AUGGAGAUGAUGAGCUCUUCUUCUUCUACACAAGCCGUAUCAUUCAGAGACAUGGGGAUGUAUGAACCAUUCCAGCAGUUAUCUGGUUGGGAAAAUGCUUUCAACACUAUUACUACUAGUAAUCAGAACAACAAUCAGAGUUCUUCAACAGUUCUUGAGGUGGAUGCUAGAGCAGAAGCAGUUGCCAUAUACGCGCAGGCAAAUUAUACUUCUUUGUAUAACUCUGUUGAAGCAGAGCCUUCUAGUAACAAUGAUCAGGACGAAGACCAAAUCAACGAUAAGAUGAAACGGCGAUUGGCUCAGAAUCGAGAAGCUGCUCGCAAAAGCCGUUUGAGAAAGAAGGGAUUAUGCGUACGGAAUUCAUCAGAUACGAGUUAUCUAGGACCAGCUGGGACCAUGAACACAGGGAUUGCUGCAUUUGAGAUGGAAUACACACACUGGCUAGAAGAGCAAAACAAGAGAGUUAGUGAGGUUCGAACAGCGCUCCAGGCUCAUAUCAGCGACAUUGAGCUCAGAAUGCUGGUUGAUACUUGCUUGAAGCACUACGGGAAUCUCUUCCGCAUGAAAGCUGAUGCUGCAAAGGCUGAUGUGUUCUUCUUGAUAUCCGGAAUGUGGCGGACUUCAACUGAACGCUUCUUCCAGUGGAUUGGAGGUUUCCGACCGUCCGAGCUGUUAAAUGUUGUGAUGCCAUACGUUGAGCCAUUAACCGAUCAGCAACUCUUGGAGGUGAGAAACCUCCAACAGUCGUCUCAGCAAGCAGAGGAAGCUCUCUCUCAAGGCUUAGAUAAACUUCAGCAGGGGUUGGUCGAAAGCAUAGCAGUUCAAAUUAGAGUUGUUGAGUCUGUGAAUCAAGGGGCUCAAAUGGCUUCAGCCAUGGAGAAUCUUCAAGCGUUGGAGACUUUUGCGAAUCAGGCGGAUCAUCUGAGACAGCAGACUCUGCAGCAAAUGAGUAAGAUCUUGACGACAAGACAGGCUGCUCGAGGCUUGCUCGCAUUAGGAGAGUACUUCCACAGGCUUCGUGCUCUUAGUUCUCUAUGGGCAGCUCGUCCACGAGAACACACUUAG